AGAAGUCACCAACAUGAAAAAUUGCAAGAUUUAUGUAAUUUUAUUCUUACUAGGAGCGUGCCAUUCAUUACCUGAUGACGAUCUAGAAGAUGACUCCGAAGAUUUAGAAUACUUCUUGUACGAAGACAAGGACGGUCAAAUUCAAGUAGAGUAUCUCGUACAUACUAGUCUAAACCUCACAUGUUCCCCAUCCGAUGUAAAAUACCUUUUCUUCAGUAGAUCAAACCCCGAUAGAGGCAUAGAGAUUCAUAGCAACAAUAUUCAUAAAUUGGAGAGGACAUCAUUUACACCAAACCGAGAAACUGUUUUUAUCAUCCAUGGAUGGAAGGGAAGCCAUGAAGCAGAUCAUAACUACCAUAUCAGAGAAUAUACAUUAAACCGGCAUGAUGUCAAUGUAUUUGUUGUCGAUUGGAGUCCAAUUGCCGGAAAACUUUACGUAAUUGCAAAGAAUUUAGUGAAAAAGGUUGGAGGGUUUGUAGCAGAUUUCGUCAGAUCCCUGGUUAACGAAUACGGUUUACAACUUGGUAGGUUGAAAUUUGUAGGCCAUUCCCUUGGAGCUCAUGUCUGUGGAAAUGCUGGAGCUGCUUUGAAUGGGCAGGUCGACACAAUUGUUGGUUUAGAUCCGGCUGGUCCUCUAUUCAAACGCUUCAGAACGGAUAACCGUAUAGACAGAGAGGACGCAGUAAAUGUGCAAAUUAUCCACACCAAUGGAGGGCGCCUAGGGUACUAUAACCUAUGUGGAGAUUCCGAUUUCUAUCCUAAUGGAGGAAGACAUCAACCAGGUUGCGGAAUUGAUAUAGUAGGAACCUGCUCUCACUCUCGGUCAUACAAACUAUACGCUGAAUCGCUUUUUGGCGACGCUUUUAUUGGGCAACGAUGCCGUAGCUAUUUAGAAUACAAGAGAGGUAAAUGUACCGGACCAAAAGCCAGCAUGGGUAUGUUCCAUAUUGAUAAAAAUGCCUCUGGUCCCUACUACCUUAAAACUAACAGCCAACCUCCAUAUGCUCAAGGUUAAAAAAUGCGUGUAUUAUAAUAUAGAAUUAUGCUAUCAAUAAAGUUUAAUGU